AUGUCUCUCAUUCAACAUCUACCCUUCUUCCUCCAUUCCCUCAUCGAAAUCCCCGCCUCCUUAAAUUUCUUCUUCAAUCCCUCAUCUCAACUUUCUCUCCCAGCUCCGCAAGCCCACGCCGUCAUUCAACAAUAUGCGAUUCUUCUCUUCGUCUCAUGUCUCAUCUCAAUCAUAUUUGCCUGGCGAGCUGUUGAUCGAACAAGUCGCAAUGUCGCUGGUGCAUUAUCACUGUAUCAUAUCGCUCCUGCUCUAAGAGCCACGGGGAGAAUCUUAGGAGGAGAAGGGUUUGGAAAAGGGAUGAAAGGUCUAGGAGGUCCUUGGGUGCAUUUGAUGUGCGAUGAAACGAAACCCACAUGUGCAAAUUGUACUAAGAGUGACAUUGCAUGUGAGUAUUUGUUUCUGCCUUUCAGCAAGCCUAGCCUUUCCGGCCCUGUGGCGAAGAAGUUGCCUAUCCCCACUCCAACAACAGUCACGCGACGAAAUGCUCACUUCUCGCGCCCUGUUCCAUGCAACCCCAUUUCCUUCUCUUUUCCGACUUCUGUCAACUCGUCUCUAUCAGAUGCCGACAAACUCCUGGAAUUCCGCCUUUUCCAGCACUUUGUAAAUAUCACCGAUGUUUCUCAAAUCGUCUCGGUAUGCAAAAUAUCACUAUGGGUCAUUCAGCUUGCAUGUCGUCACCGUUCAAUUAUGGAUGCUUUAUUGGGUGUUUCUGCAUUCCAUCUCAGAAGUUCAUUCUCAUCAGCCUCUUCUCCAUUUCCUACCAGUACUAUCCCGGAAAGCAAAUUUGAGAGAGACGUAAUCAGAGCUAGUCAUCACUACAUGGGACGAGCUAUUGCUGCGCAUCGAAAAUUAGUUAUCGAGGAGGGCGUUACAGAGAGAACAGGCGAUGCAGUGUUGGGGUCUUGUCUAUUCAUCAUGUAUCAUGCUGCUGGAAGUCAAAAAUUUCUAGGUUAUGCUCAUCCUUCGACACUCUCACUCCACAACAAUACAGAUGCCCAAAAUUUCAGAGUUCCACUCCAUUGGUUUGUCCCGAUGAAAAGUCUCAAAGAUAUGAUGAAUCUAGCAGGUACAUAUGUUCAAGACGAGGGCAUGAGAGCACAAAUCCAGUGGGAAGAAGCCAUUCUUCGUGUUCUCCUACUACAAAACGAAACGUCUCCUGAUUCCGAAAACGACCAUCCGACAACUUUCAACUUUCUCUUUGAUGAUCUCCCAUUAGAUGCUCCAGACUACAAAAUCUACGCUCUCUGCACAAACUAUCUAAAUAUCAUCGCAGGAGGCAAAAUCGCAAAAUUCAUCCUGAAAUUCCCGGCAUUGGUACCGCUGAGAUUUGUAGAAUUGUUAAAGGAAAAAGAUAUGAGGGUGAUGGGAAUAGUGGGAUAUUUCCUAAUGUUAAUGAAGAGGGCGGAUAUUGAGAAGAAGUUAUGGUGGAUGAAAGGCGCGGUGGAAAAUGAUUGGGUGGGCAUGAAAUAUGCAUUUGAGAGGGAUGGGUUGUGGAAGGGGAGAAUGGAGUGGGCGAGGAGGGAGAUUGAGGGUGGUGAGGUUAUUGAUUCUGAGGGUGGUGGCGGGGGUUGGUUAGAGGAUUGUAGAUUGUGA